AUGAAGGUUUCCGCCUGGGGCGGCUCCGUGGUGUUUGUCGCGUUGGGGACUUGGGGUGACGUUCUUCCGCUCUUCGCCGUUGCCCUGCAUCUCUUUGAAGCGGGCGUUCGCGCCUCGCUCGCUUCGCAGGCAGGCAGAUGCCCACCUCGAAGCGAAAAUGAGGAAGCGACGCAGAGAAGACAGGCGCCUCCACACGCACGGCCUGUUUGCGAAGAACGCGCGGAGCCGCCCCGUGCUGGCGGGCCGGGGAACCAUGUGAAGAGAGGGAGGAAAGGCGGAGAAGGAGAGCGGGAAGUGGAGGCGGGGCGUGGAAAGCCAGGCCGCGGUGAGGCGAGGACGCGCGACGGAAUCUGCGAGAGAAACCGGACUGAGAACACACGGCCGAGAGACAUUCAGGAGAAAAACCAACCUGGACAGGAAGACUCGGAGGGGAGCGCAGGAUGUCGCGACAGAAGGCGUGGUGACUGCUUGCGCCCGAGCAGUCUCGCACAAGAAGAAACGGGCGACGCCUCCAACGGCGAGACGCCGAGGGCGAAGAACGAACACCCCGAAAAUCGGGAGGUUGAACGGCGAGGCGAGACGCCGAGGGCGAAGAAUGCAGAGACGAGGAAGCGUGGCCGGGUGCAUUCCGUCUCGAAGAGGCGACGAAACGCAGAAAACGACCUCGCGAAACGCCCCGGAGAGAAAGCCGAGAAAGGAGCGAGAGGCCAGCGAAAGCACAGAGUCAUUCUGGAAAUCGUCUUCGCCACACAUCAGUGCUGGAUCAAACCUCUCAUGUCUUCUUUCUGCCCGACAUCUGCUGCCUCCUCUUUCCCCCCUUCAUCUCCCCCUGCGUCUUCUCGUCCGUUUUCUUGUUCGGAGUCUCCGCCUUCUUUCGCAUUUGAGUGCACAUCUGCGCAGGAGGCUUAUCGCCGGCGCGUCGCGGCACCUGAAGAUCUCGGGCGUCUGCUGUCAGACUUGGCAGCCUCUCGAAAGCGGAGGCGAGACACUCCGUCCUCUCCGCUCUCUCCGGCCUCUGCUUCUUCCAGGGUUCGGUUCUCUCUCGUUCCACUGCCUUCGCCCCCGCUUCGCUCCUCCGCAGCCUCGCUCUUCCACCCUGGAGAACUCGAGCCGCUUCUCAUGCUCAUCUGCGCGUGGUUGCAUGCAGCGGAGAAGGCUCGCCUGCGUUGCCUUCUUCUCGUCCCUUCCCCCAGGCUGGCCAUCCGCCCGCCGCCCCGGGGGCUCCUCGAGUCUCUGAAAGAGGAAGUGCGGGACAUAAGGGAAGAAGCAUCGGAGAAAAAACGAGGAGGAAGCGAGAAUCUUCUCCUGUGGGCAGUCGCCAGACUUGGAGGACAUCGACACUCGCCGGCGUGCCUCGAAGACCUACGGCACUGGCGGUGGCGCCUCUGUCUCGAUGACCACGGGACAUUCCGGGAGUCCAUUCUUGGCCUUCCCGCUUCCGUUUUCGAUCCAGCCGACGCCUCCGGGCCUCUUCCUUCCUUCGCGUCUUCUCCAUCAUCUUGUCCCUCUGCGGCUUCGCCUGUUUCCUCUUCGUCAUCUUCCUCUGCUUCCUCCGCUUCGCCUGCUGCCCGCUGGCCUUUGUCCAUUCCGUUGCUUUAUCUGUUUGAUCCGUGGCUGUUCCCAGAAGCCGUGAGUUCUCUCCCGGCCUCUGCAUGCGUCAUUGGAGCCGCCACAGCUCCAUGGAGAGUUUCGAACGAUCUCUGUUCGCUUCUCCUUGGAGGGAAGGGGGAAAGAUCGCCAUCUUCUCCGGGGGGAGAAGACGGCCGGUGUCUCUUUGUCUCCCCGUCUCCUCGCGCUUCUGGCUGCGCCGCGAGUGCGUCGGCGUCUCCGCGCCCCGCCCUCGCCGUCCCGGUCCUGGACUUCUACGAUGAAGGAGGCUGCUGGAUUGCUUGUCCUCUCGCUCGCCAGAGAGACAAAGAAGCAUACCACGCUCAAGAACACGAGGACUUAGGAGAAGAAGGGUCAGGGAGAGAAGAAGGGUCAGGGAGAGAAGAAGGGUCAGGGAAAGAAGAAGGGUCAGGGAGAGAAGAAGGGUCAGGUGGAGAAGAAGGGUCAGGGAGAGAAGAAGGGCCAGGUGGAGAAGGACGGCUGGGAGACAGAGGGAUUGAAAAGGAAGUGGAAGCAGGUUUGUCGCGAUGUCAACAGCUUUUGCCUCUCCGUGCGUGCGGUGACAGUCCUCGAUGCGUGCUUGGUCGCGUUGGGCGACGGAGGGAGGCUCUCAGAGCAGAGGCGACGACGGCGGAGGGAGCGAGGACGCCUGGAGGAGAACGCCAAUCUGCCAGAGAGAAGGUAGAAGGAGAGAGACUCGCACAAGCGAGCGGGAAGAAAAGGAGCGCGAGCGGCAGUCCCGUGCGUCAGGGGGGCGGCCGCGUCGAGGAGACGAGAGAGGCGAGGACGAGAAGCGAGACGGAGGUCGACGCGGUGCGCGGCCGCGCAGCGACAAACUGGCGAGACUGUGCUCAGCGCGGACUCGCAUCUGGGACUCCUGACCCAGACAAAGAGACGAGCGAGAAGUUGAUUUACGUCAGCUUCGGAUCCAUGCAUGCGACAGAGCUGAAUCUCCUUCCUUCUCCACAGACACUCAUCCGCGUCCUCGCGCGUGUAGGCUCUGCCCUUGAUGCUCGCGCCCUUCUCCACAUUCCGUUUCCCUCUUUCUCCUCGACUUCGUCCUCCGCGCCCCCGGAGUCUUCCUGCGCGCCGUUCUGGGCGUCGCCGGACGGUUCGUCGCCUCGCGUCGCCGCGUCUUCGCGAGCUGUCGAAGAGACGCAGAGCGAGGCAAUGGAGCCGGCGACGUGGCGCGUUGCCGUCUUGCGCGAGCUGGUUGACUUGAAUCGACUGUCGUCGCGAAGGGCGUUGCUGAAGGACGCCCGCCUCGUCUGCCUCCUGACGCACGCAAGCGCUGGUGCAGAGAUCCCUGGGAAGCACCGUCGGCGGCCCCAUCGCAGUUCCGCGGCGAUCCUGAGCCGGAAGGCGCUUCUGAGAGGCGACGGCAGCCGAGUUGGUGUUUGCGAAAUGCAUGCAGCUGCCACCUUUUCGCCUCUGUUCUCCUCGCUGUGGACUCGGAGACGCGCACCCCGUUCAAACGACAAAGAAAAGGAGCGAGAUGGAGAGCAAGGAGAGAAUCCCCAAGCGCAGACAGAAGUCGAGGGUGAAGUCACAGGUGAUAGUGCCCGAGCGGAAAACCACGAGGAAGGCGUAGGCGCGUACGUAGAGGCUGACGGCGCCAAGUACGCUGGCGAUGAAGCCUUGGAGCCACAAGAGACAUGGCGAAUCGACCCCGCAGAGAACAGCGACAGGAGUGAGGCGGAUCGGCAGCCUCCCGCCUGGCUAACAUUCCCGUUUUUCUUCGACCAGCCCGCAAUCGCUGCGCAGCUGUCCUCGCUGGGGUUCGCGUCAGUUGCGUCGACUGCUCUCCUGGACGCGCUCGAGGACUUGGCGCACGCCGAGAAGGCCUACGCGAGACUCGGGGAUCCGAAGCCGAGAGACACAUCAACGAGAAACGCACAGACUGCGGCGGACGGAGGGGGACUAGGCGGGGAGCGGGGCGAAGACGCAGGAUCGCAGCUGGCCUGCAGGGACGGGAGAGAGGAAGGAGAGGGCGAUCGAGGAAGGCCCGUAGAGACACACGUCGCUGCCGGAGACGCUGGACAGAGAACAGGGGAGGGAUCGACCGUCCGGUGCUUUGGGUCGGGCGUUUUGGCCAGGCACGAGGAGCGCGUGGCGCGUGCGCUGGUCCGGGAGAUCGGUGCGGCAAUGCGGCGGCGAGAGGUCGAACGGAAAGAAGCGGAAGCGCGAGGAGCGAGAGGGGGUGCGGCAACGGCGUCUCUCUGUGAAGUCGCGGGUUCGUUCAAAAGAGGCCAACUGCGGCGCAAAGAGGAGGAAGAGCAAGGACAGCGUGCGGAGACAGACGAGGGGAGAAGCAGCGAGGAGCGCAGUGGAGAGGACACGACCAGCGAACGAGAGAGAGGGAGUGGCGGGGAGUUCGUCAACGAAGAGAAGAGGGGGGGAGAAGAACUGAAGAGAGACAGACCGAGAUACCGGACCCGGGGUGUGCUGAGAGAUGGCGCACGCACAGCAGCCCAAAUGAUUGCGGUCGGUCUAAAGCAUCAAGCUCUCACAUUUUGGAAGCGGCGGCUGGCGGAGCAAGACGACCUCUCGCUGUAG